AUGCGCGGCUCAAAAUACUUUUUCCCUUCCUUUUCAGCCUUCACAGGAUGCCUAUGCACUGUGGGAACACUGGCUACAGGUGCAGAGGCACCGGUUUCCGCUACAUCUCUGUCUCCCGGCAUCGAGACAGAGUCGAAUAGCCAAGCGUCAUUCGGUGACGAUGCGUGGCCGGCUGCAGUGCCCACAUGGAAGGACGGAUGGACCGGAUACGUGUUUUCUGGUAGUGGCCAACUGGAUGUUUCACUUUUGCAGCACGGCCCGUUCCGUUUAGCGCCGGGUGGCACACGCCUCGCCCUACCCAAAGGAUACAUCUUAGAAACAGAAGCAGUUCAAGCCGACUUAAGCCGCCCAUAUAUCUCCCCCAAGAACGGCAGAGGUAGACGACGGCGCCUCUUCGCCUCCGUCAGCACAGCUUUUCUGAUUUUUGCCGUCUGCUUGGGACUUAUGACAGUGCGCUAUAAGAAGCUGCCGCCGGACCCACAACCAGCAGGCUUCCCACAGACGCGGCCGAAACAGCGACAGCAAGAUGGCGAGGGGGUGACCGCUGAGCAACUGCUGCAGUCGGUGGACGAGCUGAAGAAGCUCCAGCCGCUGGCAGCAAACUUGGCUGAGAUGGUGGGGACAGACGAGUCUCGCUCUGCCUUGCAGGAGCUUUGCUCAAGUGUAAAGCGUUCGCAGGAUAUUGCCCAAACGAUUGCGGAGAGCUCUGGGGGCUCGUCUGGUUCGCCUCUGACUGCAGUGAAGACGGCGAUAGAGGACAGUGUCUCCGCGUUUUCUCGGCUGUACGAAGCAGCUCGGGAGCGUGGCUUGUCUCUGGCGCAAGAGGUACAGAAGGAACGGCCUCCUGUUUUUUCAGAGGAGGAGAUGCAGUUGCUGGAUGAUGGCUUGGGCAAGGGCUUCAGGGAAUUUAUGAAUUUUCGCGAGCAGAACACUAAAUAUUCUUUCUCCGUUAUCCGGGAGCGGGUAGAGAAGGCGGCUGUGGAGUUGAAGAGGCUACGGAGCCUCGAGGCCACGGAUGACCUGCAUUUGCUGGUGGCUGUUGCUACCAAUCUGGAAGUACUCAAGAUAUCACAUGUCGCCAUACAGGUCGAAUCUGAAUCUUCUGAUGACAUCAGGGCCAGCGCAACAGCAGUGCUGCACAUGCAGUACCUACGGGAGCACGCAUCCAGACAUCGCGAGUUGGAAGGUCAACUAGAGGAACUGCGCCUUCUGUGUAUAUUGGAGCGGCAGCGCCGACAGAUACUUCCCCAACAAGACAUCAGCGUUUUAAAGGCCCUCGACUGGCUUGAAGUGCAGCUGAACAGAGGCGAGCAGCAGCUUCAGAAGCACAAGGAGAUGCUGAAACGGAUCGAAGAGGCAGACGACAUCCUCUUCGCAAGCAGUCUGGAGCAGCAGGCCGGAACGAUAGCGGACUGCCUGAAAACCUUGCUGAAAGCCGUCGCCAACAGAAGGCGUUCGAUUCCCGGCGUCGCAAGCGAAGAGGAAGCUGCCCAAAGCGCGGUCAUGCAGCGCUACCUCAAGUUGAUGACCCUAAAGACCAGCCAAGAAGCUGCGGCAGACGUAGCUAGAGCAGGGAAAAUUAUACAGGAGAUGGGAAUGCAGCAGGUAGGCGACUCCUCUUCCCCGUUUGAGCAGGAAGAAGACGGGCAAAAACAACCUAAGUUGUCCCCGUCUAGGGGUGUGAACGUGACCAAGCUGAUUGCCGACGCGUUCAGGCAGGUUGAGGAUGCAAACGCUGCUAUGCGCAAGCCUGUUAAUGCAGAAGAAGAGACUCAAGAGGGACACAGUAGCUCAGAUGUCCCUAUGGAGGAAAUGUUGCGUGCAUCGCGAAAGGCCGCAAAUGCUGCCGGAAAUUCCCUACGCGAGGCUGAGCUUAUGUGGCUGCAUGUGCAGCUUACGAACUCCCUGGAACUCGAUAUGCAAUUGAGUGCCACCUUGGUGGAGAAAGCAAUUGCCGCAGUGGGCAUGGCAACAGGGGAGGAGCCCAAACAGCAACACUGGCAUGUUGAAAUGCGUCCCGAUGAUAUUAAAGAAUUUAAAGAUCUGCUGGCGCAGUUCAAGAAUGUCGAGGAGGACGCGCAGUCUGCUAAUGCUCUCAACGAACGGGCUUCAGCUGCAGCAAUGAUGAAGCAGGUCGCCUUAAAACUGACGAUGUUUGUCGAAGAACGUCAGAAUCAACCACGGAGACGCUAA